AUGGCCCACAAUUUCGUCUGCUCCCUGGUCGUGCUCUCUAUAGUUGCCACGGCGGUUCAGGCAGAGCCUGCACGCUUCCGUAGCCGUUCGUCCCGUUUGCAAUUGGCUCGUCAGGAGGCUGCACCACCAGCACCCAUCGAUCCACCACAAGAUGCUCCAGCAGAGGCUCCUUACCCGCCCGCGGGAGUGACCCCAGCCGUGCCCUUCGAUCUGCCCACAGAGACUGAAGCGCAACCAGAUUUGACUUACGGCCCACCUGACAACACCUACGGUCCACCCGCAGAAGACUUGGCGCCACAGCCGGACAACACCUACGGUCCUCCCGAUGCUGUUGAUGCCGAUCAGGACCCAGCACCUACGGCCGACACUGCUGAUCCUAUGGCACAAAAUCUGAUUCAGCCACGCAACAGCCGCCUCCGUAGUCGCCGUCCCGUACCGGAAAAGCUGCGUGCCGUUGAGAUCAUUAAAGCCAAGCCUGUAUUUAUCUAUGCUCUGUGA